CUAUUACAGUCGAGGCCUUACCUUGAUGUUGAAAUAGGUCACAUCGGGACGUGUAUGUUGUAUUAUAUCGAUAGUCUUUUCAUGCGAGCGUCGCCAUACACUCCAGGCAGACCACCGUGUACACAGGACUGAGGUAUCUCUGAAACUGGUUGUACAGGUACAUUGUGGUGGGAUAUAGCAAUCACUAUCUUCAGGGAGAGCGGUUGGCGACGGCCGGACGCCAUUAUGAUUAUAUCUUGUUUCAUUGGAGUAUGUGUGUUGUUAUUCGGGCCGCUGGUCUCAAACGCGUGCAACGUUACGCUCUAUGCUCAAAGGGAACCCCUGAAUUUCACAUCUCCUAACUACCCACGCAACUACACUAGCAAUGACAACUGUUAUUGGGACAUCUACCCUCAAACAAGAGGGUACAGAGUUGUACUCGACAUGGUGUUCUCCGAUAUUGAAGGCUCAUCCGGAUCCACUUGUCGAUUUGACGCCCUAACCAUAUACACAAGAAAUAAUGCUGAUCAAAACCAGACCGAUUCCCACCGAAUAUGUGGACAAAUCAGAUGGAAUCUUAUUACCCAUGCGAACCAACAUUUUCAUGCAGUGUUCGAGACUGAUGGCAGUGUAACCAGAGGCGGUUUCCUAAUUAGGUAUUAUGAAACAGACGGGGAAUCAAACUGUGGCUUACCUCUCGUGGCAACUUCUGCAGGAAAGACCUUUACCUCGCCUGGGUACCCAAACACCUACUUUCUUCGACAGUCUUGUACCUGGACUAUUACAACAGAACAACAAAACCAAACCAUCCUAAUGUACCCCACGGACUCCGUACUUGAGCGCGCCUCUCGACGUGGAAUUUGUGACAGCGAUUACGUCACUGUAUAUAACGGUCAGAACAGUUCUGACAUACUUGGCACUUUCUGUGGGAACGAAAGACCUGUCUUUUCCAGCGGGGGAAACUCACUGCGUGUUCGUCUGCAAACUGAUUCCUCCAACAACUACAAAGGAUUCAAAAUGUUUUACAGAGCUGUGCCUGCAACAACCUGCAAUGGUAUGAUGCCCUCUGGACGGAAUCCAAUACAAAUUGUGUCCCCUGGAUAUCCUAAUAACUACCAAAGUGGAUUAGACUGUCAAUGGACUAUAAAUGCGCCGUCUGGAAGCAACAUCACGGUUGAAGUUCUGUUUGUUGAUAUGGAGAUAGUGCCAUCGUGCACAAACGAUUAUCUACUUUUUAAAGAUGGCACUACAAACUCUGCUCGCCAACUGGCAAAGAUCUGUGAACGAACGUCUACUGCCAUCGUCAGCUCCAGUAACCACAUGACCAUCAUAUUUCAUUCAGACAGUAGUGACACAGGAAGAGGAUUUCGCUUGCAGUACUCAUCUGUUAUAGCUCCCAUUUGUGGAUUAUCAGAUCUUUACGCGUCUUCUGCUGCAUGGACGAAUUUGACUUCUCCUGGCUAUCCUUCGAACUAUUUCAACAACCUAAACUGUCUGUGGACAAUUUCUGCACCCGCUGGAUAUAAAAUAAAAGUCGACGUUGUGUAUUUAAUCAUGCAAUACUCGCCAGCUUGUUCAAAAGACUACCUUCUAUUCAGUGACGGUUCCACGUCUUACGCCACUCGUCUGGGUAAAUAUUGUGGUAGAGGUUACAACAGCAGGGAAGUCGUCAGCUCCAGAAACUACAUGACCAUCACAUUCCACACCGACGGCUCUGACACAGCACUUGGAUUUAGACUGAAUUACAAAGCUGGAUCUUUCCUUACAACUACGACAGAGAGACCAAAUGUGCUUCACUGUGGAGGUCCGUCGCUCAGCGCCUCCAAGUUCUCCUGGAGAUAUUUGUCGUCUCCUGGCUAUCCCUAUAACGACUACAACAACAACAUGGACUGCACGUGGACAAUUACUGCAUCUGUUGGAUAUAAAAUAAGAGUUGAAAUUCAGGUUCUUUCUGUGGAAUAUGAAGCCACCUGUGCAAAAGACUAUCUCCUUUUCAGUGACGGCUCCUCGUCUUAUGACACUCAGUUGGGUAAAUACUGUAGUGGCACCAGGGACGUCGUCAGCUCAAACAACGACAUGACCAUCACCUUCCACACUGACGGCUCUGGCACAGGCAGAGGAUUUUCUUUGAAAUACACUGCGCGGCGGAAGUUAGCAUGUGGCACAGAGGAAAGGAUUUAUGGAUAUGACACGAAAUAUAUUGAAUCACCGAAUUAUCCUUUGGACUAUCCCGACAAUUCGGACUGUUCAUGGACAAUCAGCACUGAUGUUGAGGGAUAUGUAAUCCAUGUUAAAGAGGUGUAUUUCUACCUUGAGCAAGACAGCCCGUGUUCCUUUGAUUAUGUGCAGCUCUAUGACGUCAGGGGAACAUAUGAACACUCGCUUGGUCGAUGGUGUGGAUCGGAUGGACCAGAUACACAGAGUACCGGGAGGAGUAUGAAGGUUCGAUUCCUCUCCGAUGCUUCGAGCACCUUCACAGGAUUCAAGUUGGCCUUCACUGCCGGCGAGCCAACAUCUUCCUCGUCUUUUACACCGAACGUUGGAGCCAUAAUGGGAGGGAUAUUCGGCGGCAUGGUGGGCGUGGCAAUUGUAACCUGCUGCUGCUGUGCAAUUUGCUCAAGGAAAAAAUCUACAACCAAUGACCAGUCGCAAGGGAACAGAUCACCUGAAGCCAACCUGAACAUCGUCUACACUGUCACCCUCCCCAACUACCCACCAACUACGGCUACUACCCAGCCGGACAUGUUUACUCCACCCCCAGCUUACAGUGAAGUCGUGAAGGAUGACCCCCCACCCUACUGUCAGGCAGUUCCACUAUCAGAUAUACAACCUGUUGUGGCGUCAUCCCCUAGCGGUGCCUCAUAUCAAGGGAUAGAUAACCCAGCAGGUCCGAGUCGGGUCACAGUUUCACAUGAUGUACAUGUGUGAUGUUGAUUGUUGAUUGUUGAACUGUGCAUAACCAAGGAACAGAAGCCACGUUUUGUAAGUGAACGGACAUUCACCAACCGAUCAGUACUCAAUACAGACUAUCACAAUCACAUCUCAUUAAAAUCAGAUCUUAGUCCUCUUUACCGCGCGCUAAACAAAGAUCUGAGGACAUCCCAUUACGGAUCGCGUCAGGCCGACCUUGCUUGAACUUUAACCGACCAAUGCAAUGACCAAUCAGAAGGCAGCUUUCUCGUGCUUUACGGCACUAAUUUCAAAUUGGCGACUACGCUUCGAAACAUAUUUUGACAAAUUCUCGAUUAAAAAUUUUAAACCUGAACCAAAAAACAUUCUGGAAUGGGUAAUAGAUGGUCUAGAUUGUAUGGAUUCAGUCGUUAAACCCGUAACUGUCGUUCGGAAUACCCGUGUUAAAGUUUUCGAGGAUGCAUGAUUAGAAAGCACAUUCCGACUGUCACUUCCAUGAUCUGGUAAGCGACGCUUUGAUUGGUCGGAUGAAAGGUCGUUCUGACAUGACCCCUCCUGGGAUGCCCUCAGAUCUUUGUUUAGCGGUAGCGAGAACUAAAGUCUGAUUUUAAUGAGAUUGAUCACAAUCAUGCCACAAGCAUGUCAUAAUUAUGAUUGGGUGAUAAAAAAAUGACCACGAUGAGAAACCUUUGAAAUUCCCGUUGGUUGUUGUAGCAUAUACUUUUAAUUGUUUUUAUUUUUUCUUAUAAAAUUAUUUUGUAUAUCAAAUGAUAAAUGGAGUUUGUGUUAUCUCUAUGUUUAUGAAGCUGGUAACGAAGCAUACACAUAUUUUACAUGUAGUCCACGUGCAUGUGCGCGUGCAUGUGCGCGUGCAUGUGCAUGUGCGCGUUCCUGUAUCUGUAACGGGUGUCUCCAUAUUGUAUUGAGCCUGAAAGUACAACAUAACACUGAA